CGGGCGCCGAGCUCCGACUCUGCCGGGCGCAUUUGCUGGCCGCGUGUUGCCGCUGCGGAUGCAGGGCUCCUCCCUCGCUGCUGCUCAUUCAGGCGGUUUUAGGGGCGCUUGGCUUUAUGGCACGCUUCGUGCUGCCCUUUGAAAUUGUUUACUCGUUUUCUAAACGUGCAUAAAAUCAGGGCGCCCAGCUGGUGGGGAGGGCAGCGCUUCCUUCCCUGGUGGCCCUCAGCCAGCAGCCUGGGGACAAGCAUCCCCCACCGAGCAGACUGCAGGCUGCACUCACUCCUCGGAGCUAGUCUGUUCCACCAUAUCAGACUUUGACCCUGGCGCAGGCUUCAGUGGUGGCCGCGGAGCAGGAGCCUAAGAGCUUUGGUUCGAGACAGUUAAAGACGAGGACCCAGUGACAGGACGCGGCUCUGCCGGGGGAUUCUGAAGAUAAAUCGCUUUGAACAGUCGAAUUCAUGGUCGUGGAAGCUGAGCCCAUAUUAAGAAAUGUCAGGCGUCCGACCCCCGAUCAUGAACGGGCCCCUGCACCCCCGGCCCCUGGUGGCGCUGCUGGACGGCCGGGACUGCACGGUGGAGAUGCCCAUCCUGAAGGACGUGGCCACGGUGGCCUUCUGUGACGCACAGUCCACGCAGGAGAUCCACGAGAAGGUGCUGAAUGAGGCGGUGGGGGCGCUCAUGUACCACACCAUCACGCUGACCAGGGAGGACCUGGAGAAGUUCAAGGCGCUCCGGAUCAUCGUUCGGAUCGGCAGCGGCUUUGACAACAUCGACAUCAAGUCAGCUGGGGAUCUAGGCAUUGCUGUCUGCAACGUGCCGGCGGCAUCUGUCGAGGAGACGGCCGACUCGACCAUGUGCCACAUCCUCAACCUGUACCGCAGAACCACGUGGCUGCACCAGGCGCUGCGGGAGGGCACUCGGGUCCAGAGCGUUGAGCAGAUCCGGGAAGUGGCUUCCGGAGCCGCCAGGAUCCGCGGGGAGACCUUGGGCAUCAUAGGACUAGGCCGCGUGGGGCAGGCGGUGGCGCUUCGGGCCAAGGCCUUCGGCUUCAACGUGCUGUUCUACGACCCCUACCUGCCGGACGGCACGGAGCGGGCGCUGGGGCUGCAGCGGGUGAGCACGCUGCAGGACCUGCUGUUCCACAGCGACUGCGUCAGCCUGCACUGCGGCCUCAACGAGCACAACCACCACCUCAUCAACGACUUCACCGUCAAGCAGAUGCGACAAGGCGCCUUCUUGGUGAACACAGCCCGGGGUGGUCUGGUCGAUGAGAAGGCACUGGCCCAGGCCCUGAAGGAGGGGCGGAUCCGGGGCGCAGCCCUGGACGUGCACGAGUCGGAGCCAUUCAGCUUUAGCCAGGGCCCCCUAAAGGAUGCGCCCAACCUGAUCUGCACCCCCCACGCGGCCUGGUACAGUGAGCAGGCAUCCAUUGAGAUGCGGGAGGAGGCGGCCCGGGAGAUCCGGAGGGCCAUCACAGGCCGGAUCCCCGACAGCCUGAAAAACUGCGUCAAUAAGGAUCACCUGACAGCGGCCACCCACUGGGCCAGCAUGGACCCAGCUGUUGUGCACCCUGAGCUCAACGGGGCCGCUUACAGCAGGUACCCGCCGGGCGUGGUGGGCGUGGCUCCCAGCGGCCUCCCGACUGCCGUCGAGGGCAUCGUCCCCAGCGCCAUGUCCCUGUCCCACGGCCUGCCCCCUGUGUCCCACCCACCCCACGCCCCUUCUCCCGGCCAGACCGUCAAGCCCGAGGCAGAUAGAGACCACGCGAGUGACCAGUUGUAGCCCGGGCAGAGCUCGGCGGCCUUGGCACCCUCGGACAGGCGCGUGCGGAGCCGGCGCCCGCGAGGCCACAGCGCCCCAGAGACUGUG